AUGGGGAUGCGGUCCUCAACGGACGUGCCGAUCUGCAACUUCCACGACGCAGAAAAGGUCAAAGAGCGAUUUCUGGCUGAGCUCGGUAGAAGUCGGGUAACCAAAUUCGUUGUCAAAUUACGGCUUCUUUUCUUCCCCAGAUUCUUGAUUGGGUUUCACCUUUUAGGUGAAGGUUUAGGUCCUGCGACGCUCAACGCACUAAGUAAAACAACCGGUUAGUUUUCACCUCGACACUCUUAGGCUUAUCCCAUGCAACAAUAAGAAGCAUCUUCGAAGGUCCUGGAUCAUCUGAAAAUAUAGACUAUUUGUUUUCAAAAAGUUCAGUUCCAGUUGUGGAGCAAGAGACCUUCAAUCACGAACAAGAAGAUGCUGCUGCUACAGAAAGACUUUGUUGGUUAUCAUGGUAAAAAACUUCACUAAGAAAAAACGAAGAGGCUCCCCAAAACGGGACUGUAUCAGUUUGGCAACCUCCUCGGGUCAGCCACGGUAGAUUUCCCAGAAUGCGUAACUUUGUGAAAGGACUAAGGUUGAUCUUUACGCAUGAAGGCUUCCACUUCAGCGGAAACUUGGUGAAAGACUCCCAGACUGCCGGUCUCCUUUUCGAAAUUGACUCGAAUCCGAAUGCUCCAGAAGAGCCCUUUUUUCGCACGUUGUAGAUGGUAGUUGGGAGAGGAUUUCCCUCAGACGUCGACCGCUACCGAGGAAAUGGAAGAGGAUUAUAUAUGCCUCAUCUGUCGAUCCGCUGAGCAGGGGCGGAGGCUUCCAAGUACUUGGAAGAUCAAGAACAUGAUUAUCGUCAUCCGUCGACCUAGUACAACAAGAAGAUCAACAUCCCGGUUAGUACGACUAGACCUCAAAUUAGUACUAUGGUAAUGCGUGGAAAAUCAAAAUACUUCUCGGUAGACAAAUGUGCAAAAUUUUUUUUCAUCUGCCUAGCAGAGCUAGAAGAUAAUUAUAUAAGAGAAGAGUUGCAUCUACUUCUGUGAUGAAGUAGAAAGUAAUAUGGACGAAGCCAGAUUCAUGGAGCUGAUAUAUAUCCAAAUCAAUAACUACACGACCCACCAAACCAACGUCCAGAAUCGCGGGUGCAUGUUUGCAAUUAUUCUCUUCAGCUUCAUGCGGAGUUUUCUGCAGGUUUGGUAAGUUGUAUCAACUAGACGAAGGUGAUACUUCUAACGUAGUACAAGAGUGGCACCUUCGUCUAGUUGAUACAGUCUGCUUUCGACCAUUGAUGACUGCGCACAAAGAAUUCAAGCAUUGAGACUAAACGCCGCGUCUACUUGCUGACGAUUUUCAACAUCGGAGAAAUUUACAUUGAGAUUGACCUACAAUCGCAUGCUCAUGAUAACAUAGUACUUAUCCCCAUUUUCAAAGAUGAGCAUUUUCAAAAAACAUCUACUUGCUGCUAUCUUCAAGAACACCAGGUUUGGUAAGUUGUAUCAACUAGACGAAGGGGCCACAGUGGCAUCUUUCAGGACUUUCUUUAUGUAACAAGUAGUAGUAGGCUAUUAUUUUCAAAGUAGACCACAUGCACCACGUUCUUCACAAUUCUAUCUUCGAAGGACCACAAGGUCUUCAUCUACGUGGUCCUUCUAGAUUGUAGGACAGGAUGAUGUUGUAUCUUGUUAUAUCCAGCUUGCAGAAGCUUAGAAGGAGCAUGGGUGUCUUCAAAUGCGAAGUACAUGCAAUUGUACGAUCUCAAGCACAUGUGCUUCGUGGACCACCAUUGUUUGCGUUGAAAUACUCGACAUGCGCCUCAAGAGGACGGAGAUUGCUCAUCUAAAACAAGGGCUGCAAUCUCCGUUCUCUUGGGCCACAAUCGUGUUGACAUCUUCAGGAGGUACUACGAGAGCUACAAGGUGUCACUAUGCCGCAUUCUGUGACACGUUGGAAAAUCGUUUCGUUAACGUUAAAUCUCUUUGGUCCAGCUGGAUUCGCACGCUGUCAAAACAC